GAGGCACUCGCUGCGGUCCGCCGGCGGCAUAACGACUACGCGAGUCGUAAGAGCGCAUGUUGCAUAGAUGUAAAAUCACAUAGAGUGAAAAGGAACGAAUGAGAGAAAGAAAAAGAAGGAAAGAAAGGGAGAGAGAGAGAGAGAGAGAGAGAGAGAGAACGGUAGUAUGCGCGAUCGGAUUACGGGCGGGUGGGUGUGCGCGCGCGCGCGCUCACUCGCUCGCUCGCCGGUUGCUCGCUAGAAUCGCGCGGUAGACGUUCUGCUAGGUGGGGGGCAGUGGACAGCUGAUCGCUGCCUUCGACGGACGGUCGUUCUCGCGUCGCUCUGAUUUCAAGAAAACGCGAGAGAAAGAGACAGAGAAAAAGAGUGAAAAAGGGAUAACGCGCGCGCGCGCGCUUCCGGUUAGUGUGCAACUCGAGAUAAUAAUUAGGCGAAGAGAUUCAUAAAGGAGAAAAUAAGAUAAAAAACGGAAGAUAAGGAAAAGAGAAAAGAAAUAGAGCAUACGAGGGAAAACGAGUGAACACGAGGCGCACUCUUGAGAGGAACAGAGAAAAAACAUAGAAAGAGAUAGAGAAAGAGAGAGAGAGGGAGAGAGGAGGAGGAAAAGAGUGUUCUGACGAGUGGGCGCGCGCGCGCGCGCCUUCGGACGGACAAGUGACACCGCGCUGCGCGUUACGAAUAUACACAUGAAUACGUACUCCUGAGAAAAGAAAUAUCUUAAUCGACGUUUGAAAAGAGCCCGGGAGCGCGAUCGACCGAUCAAACCGUUUUCAACGACUUGUUCGCGUAUAUUUAACCUUUCGACACAACGACUUCUUUCCUUCUCCAAUGGCCGCCGUCCGGAAACUCGUCCCAAAUAAAAAGUGUCCGUUCGAUAUAAUAUAAAUACGUGCGAGAAUUAAGCUUCCCGGAAUAAUUUCUUUGCAACGUGGCCAAAAACAGAGAGAAUGUGUAAGAAGGAAGAGAAAUGAGACAUGGAUAACAAGAGAUCCUGGCACCUAUAGGUAAUCCCUGCCAAGAGGAUGGGGGCCCACGAUGGGGGAGUGCCACUGCUCUAACAUCGCUAUCAUGCAGCUGUUCCACGAGCUGAAGCAGCAGUUCCCUGCGCUCCCUGAUUACGUCGUCUCCCAGUGCAUCGCACAGAACAGCCACGACAAGGAGAUAUGUGCAAGAAGUCUACGAGCAACCCAAGAAUCGCGUCCAAUACCGGGCGCUUUUCCACUGCCCCCACCUGCUGCUGCUGUUGCUGCUCAACAUCAUCAUCAAUCGCAUCAGCAGCAGCAACAGCAGCAUUAUCAGCAACAACAGCAACAACAACAGCGUUGCUGCGCAAUGAAUCACCAAUCAUUGCAACGCAUUACGUCGAAUGGCAACGGUUCGCGACCUCCUAGGCCAGCCUCAUUGGACAUCGGCGUGGCGCGACGUUAUCCUAUUGGCUGUUCACGUACCGCGGCAUCACCAUCCGUAACUACGAACGAACCACUUGCACCCUCAUCCGCACCUGCGGCUUGCAAAGCGCGCGGUUUUUUCGAUGACGUCCCGUCCGCAAACACCAAUGGCAACAAUUGCUCAAGCAGCAAUGUUGCUCCUGGAUUCGAACUCAAUGUUAAUGUCGCCUGCAGUCCUGCGGGCAACCGCGACUUCCGAACGGUGCCGACAAUCGGUACAUGUAAACGAAGCGAUCUCGUUGUCGAACCCCGACCCCAUUAUGCGGAACCUCAGUUGGCUGUAGGAAAAAACGCUGGACAAUUUGAUCACGCGCGAAGUUAUACAUCGGUUAGCUUGACACUGAGGCCACCAUCAUCAGAACCACAAGCACCAAUCGACAUCAGGUCGCAAGGCUCGAGUUUAACAUAUUCGACCUCGUCUUUGGACCCACGAGGAUUUCAAAGCCGCUUGCAAAUUAGCAUCGGCCCGGGAAGCGUUGGCAGCGUGGCUGCUGCAAGAAUCAGACCACCAAUGGGUCCGGCCAGACCUAACAGCCUGCUUCCCCCCGCUCAAAUUAGUCCGCAGAGGCCUCCAGGACUUCCUGCCGGACCUCCGAGUCAGCUGCCAAGGCCGACGACAACAAUGAGUGCCCCGACCACACCUUCGGUUCCAACAAUAACGAAUAUUAUUUCGUCUAAUAGUCUCCCUGCGACUCCGUCUGAACCAACGGCAAUCUCUCCUCCCUCUAGUCCCGUUAAAGAAAAACCGUUAAUCGGCCAGGAUCAGAAUCGUUCGCCGUUAAACCAAGUGGCAGAACAUCAAAGAAAACUGGUCGCUGAACAAUUAGCAAGGAAGGAAAGACUCGCCAAGGAAUUAAGAGCCGAAAAGGGACGACUUGAAGCAAUGAAGAAAGAACUGCAGUCUCUAGCGAGACCCCCAGAUUCUUCGAUAUCGCCUCAGGAACUGAAGAAAAAAUUACGAAGCGAAAUUUACCAAUUGCAAAUCGAAUGUGACAGACUUGCAGACGAAGUGGAUCAGUGGUCGGAUCCACGAGUACCUUUAGGUGAAACAAAUGAAGAAUUUUAUCAGGGCAUUUAUACCGGUCAACCUUUUCUACCGUCCUCUCAUCUGGCACCACCGCCGUUGCCAAGUCAGCCACCAGUUUGGCAACCCUCUACGGGUACUGCUGAUGUAAAUGAUAGAGAAGAAGAUAGGGAUGGACCUUCGUGGGUUUGCAGGAUGUGUACCUUUGAUAAUCAUCCGUUGAUGAAUAAGUGUGAACAGUGUGACAUGCCGAGACUUUUGGAUCAUGGCAAUGCAGGUAGGAUACAUGGAUUGCCGCUUGAACAAGUCAAUAUGUCAAACUCAUUUAAUAAUCUUCUACAAGAGUUGUUCGAUCGAACAAAAAAACCGUCCUAACGGCAUGUUUUUUUAAUUCUUUUUUUUUGUUUGAUUUUAUAACGAGUUUUGAAUGAUUUAUUGAGUGGUUUAUUGAGUGAUUAAACUGAUACCAAGAAUUUAUCAAACCAUUUACUAAUCUUGUAGAAUUUAUUUAUCAAAUAAUUAUUUCUUCACAAUUUUUUAAGUUACCUUAUGAAAAUACUCGAUCAAGGAUGAUUUCAUUUAUUAACUUGUUAAUUGGAAGUAUUUGCAAUUAACGUGAAUUUAUUUAAUUAAAAAUGAUAUAAUACGGAAAAGAAAUUUUUGACAGAAAAUGAAUUAUUUAAACAUAUAAUGCUUUUUUAAUAGGAGUGAGAAACAAAUGAUUUAUUUAUUCAUUUAUCACAAGAGAAGUUAAAUCUUUGCGACGAGUUAAAUAGCCCGGUUAAGCAAUUAAAACAAUUUGAUAAGAUUUGUUAAAGUAUUUGUUUUUUAUCAAGUUAGAAUGAUCCAUAACUUUGGUGGAUUUAUUAUUGUACAUAAUUCCAAUGAAUUUGUUGUUGUAUUUAUAGUUAUUAAAAUGAAUCAUACGUAUUUCUAAUCAGUGAAUACAGUACAAUGAUGGAAAGUA